CAACAACUUCCAACGACGAUGUCCACGAUGUCCACUGCAUCCAUACUUGCUCGAUAUACACUGCGUGCGAUGGAAAAAAUUGCACCAUUACGACUGGCAGAGAAGUGGGAUAAUGUAGGGCUCCUUCUUGAGUCCCCCGUUGCGCGUCCUGAAGCGAACAGAGUCCUUCUAACGAUCGACUUAACCCCCUCCGUGUUAGAAGAAGCCCUUCAUCCAUCCACAGCUCUUGUCAUCUCCUACCACCCACCCAUCUUCAAACCCCUCUCUUCAUUCACGCUUGCUACCUCGCUUCAAGCCUCACUUCUAAAGCUGGCAGCGGCGGGCGUGAGCGUGUAUAGCCCACAUACCGCCCUUGAUUCCGUCAGAGGCGGGGUCAACGAUUUCUUGGCGAGUGGUCUCGUCGACAUAGAAGCAUCUACAGUCGGGAAAACAGUCCAUGAUAUUGAGCGGGCGGGCGAGGUGAAAUUCUUAAGUGGAACAAUUAAAGAGGAAGACGAGGGUGGGCUCGGGAGAUUGGUUGUGUUACAUCGGGAGACAGCCAUUGAAGUUGUAGUUGAAAGGAUCAAAGAUCACCUUGGACUCAGCUGUGUCGACCUUGCCCGCCCGCUUGUACCGCGCCAAGUACGCACCAUCGCAAUAUGUGCAGGCUCCGGAGGGUCAGUUCUCGCUGGUGUCAACGCAGAUGUGUACUUCACGGGAGAGAUGGCACACCACGAAGUUUUAGCAGCCAUCUCAGCAGGGCGAUAUGUCAUUCUAUGCGGACAUACGAACACUGAACGAGGCUAUCUCCCCGUCUUGGCAUCAAAGCUGCGGGCUGUACUCGCCGAGUAUGCGCGGCCCACAUCCACCGCGAUGUCUCUGGGCGACCAUGAUGGUGAUGGAGGUCCUAAUAUGCAGCAAAACUCCGAGGUUCAGGGUCUAAGUCUGAUGGAAAAGGAGAGGAGAGUUUUAAGCUGCGCUGAGGUGUACGUUAGUCAAACAGAUAGGCACCCUCUGGACCGUGUGUAGCCUGGGUAAGGUAAGUUUGGACUGGAUUGCUGGCGUGAGUUACCGGAAAGCCGGACGAUUAUGAUAGGUUAUUUGGCAGG